AGUACGUCUGCCUUUUCUCCGCAUGUAUUCGGCGGGUCUGGGAAACGUAGAGCCUACGAACCGUGUGGCGUAAACUCGAGAGAAGUUAAGACAAAAUGAGCAAAGCGCAUCCACCGGAGCUUAAAAAGUUCAUGGAUAAGAAGCUUUCGUUGAAGCUGAAUGGAGGCAGACAUGUGCAGGGUAUCCUGCGAGGGUUUGAUCCCUUCAUGAACCUGGUGAUGGAUGACUGUCUUGAGAUGGGGUCGGGGGGACAACAGAAUGGCAUUGGAAUGGUGGUCAUCAGAGGAAACAGCAUCAUCAUGUUGGAGGCCUUGGAGCGAGUAUGACGGAAUUUGCAGACUCUGCUAAAAGAGGAUGGAAAUGGCUACACCUUUAAAUUCUUCUGUCUUUUGUAGCUUGUUUGAAGGAGAAGCCAAUCUUGUGUUCUUUGGGGAUGUAUAUCUGUUUUUCAUUAGGACUUGUGUUUUGAAUUGUGUAAUUUUGCUAAUAAACCUCUUUGUCUUGUCA